AGCACGAGUAGACUGAAUCAGCCACUAUUCCUAUGAUCGCGGGUGGCAUGAGUAUUGACCAUUUUCCACAGGUCCGGCAACGGAUCGCCGCUGAGACGGAGUUGAUUCACCAGACGCACUUUCGAAGGUCAAAUUAAAUUAUCCCAGCGUCGUCGUGAAACGCAGCGUUGAGUGCUUCAAGGAAGGGGGCCCGCCUCCAUCGGGCAGGCAUCGGAGUGACUUGUCUUCCGCCUUCAAUGAAACCUGAUAUUAAUACCUUCAAGUCGUACGAGUGGGUAGCCCUUGCAGUGGGCUUGUUGCAGGCUCGAGAGUCCACAUCAUCGACUCUGGAAUUUCUCCACGGUGGUCGAGCUUCACAGCCUCCCCGAUCCUGGCUGUCGAUGCUAGGGGGAGCCAGCCCCAUUCACAGGCAGCAUCUCAAGCAAGCCGUCCGGAUCUGCAUCCGGCGUCACUUUCCUCUCGGAACACCAAUCCAUUCCAAUUUUCGCAAUACAGCAUGUUCAGUUCGGGCAGUGACCCACUCCCAGGCACAUGCACCCAACCUCCAGACCAGUGCAGAACGAAAUUUUCAGCCCGCCCACCCUCAUAUUGCGUCAUCUUAUUGUCCCAGCCCGAACACGCGGUCUUCUAUGAAGGCCAAGAAAUCUCCCGUCACAGAAACUCUGGACAGUUAUCCACAGGAAGUGGUAGCUGCCAUCGACACGUGUCUCGGACAGGCGAGAGACGUCAUGGAUUGCGAAGCUGUAAAAAGGAUCAAAGACGUUCCUAUCCACUCUCGAUAUUUUACAGACAGGAAAAGUGUCAAUCGUCUUACCCAGGACGCGGUCAUGACUUCACUCCCACAACGAGCAUUACAAGUUCUGAACAUUGCACACCACUUUGGCUGUCACUUAAAACCCAAUCACUACGAAGGCGUUGCCUAUCAUCUGGCAGGCAGGAGUCAUUGGAGUUUGAUACCACCCCUAGUUACAGCCGCCAGGCAUCAUUGUGGCCGUGCAUCGGUCCGACUCCUCAAUUGGAAGAUGCGUGCUUUCGUAGAGAGCCAACGUUACGAUCAACUCGACCACGCGUUCGAGGAGUUCACAAACGAGGAGCUGCAGCCUACCAGGAGAACGUUUCAUAUCCUUAUUUCAGGUCACCUCCGCAACAGAAAUUUGAAUUCUGCAAAGCAGUACAUGGAGAAGAUGGCCGUCGCUGGGUUCCCUGUGGAUCCUUCUACUCAUGCGGUUAUUGUUUCCGCUUAUCGUUCUCUGGGAGUAGAUACACAAGUUCACAUCCGUGCCUUCGAGGCUUUGUCCAUUUUAGAUGGGCGACUAUCUACCAUCGUUCUCAACAGCAUUGUGCAACAGCUUUUAGACUCAGGAGACGAAGAAGCCGCGACACGUUUUAUGCUAUCAUUCGAUCUUCCCGGUGGACACGGUCGAGCUACGGGGUCUACCACCGAGCUCGUUGGCGAGCACACCUCCGACCCGUUGUCAACGCGCACCCCCAUAGACGCUCCUGCUGUAAAGCCCAAUGCAGCUACUUUCUCCAUUCUCUUGCGCUAUAUGGCAAGAGAAGGCAAGCUUUCGCGCAUGCUCAAACUUCUGGACCACAUGAAACGGGCCGGUGUCCAUCCAAAUCCCUCUAUUCUAGCAGCGCUUAUACGAGGAUAUCUAGCUGCAGGUCAUAGUCGGGAAGCCAUUAGCAUCGUCGCCGUGCUGCUGAACGCGCGAUCUCCUGCUGCUGCUGGGGUCUUCUGCCGCUGGAUGCAGGUGCAGCCACUGACAGUAUUCCCGCUUGAUGUCCAUGGUGUCCCCUUGACGGCGCAUAUAUUCAAUGCACUAAUGAGUGGAUUGCUUGACGUCAUGGGUCUCAGAGCGAUGCGAGAUAUCUUGCGCACGAUGCGUGCUGUCGGGAUUAAUCCUGAUAGUUACACGGUGGAAAUUCUUAUGAAUUUCCUCGAGCGAGCCCAAGGAACCAAUCCACGUCAUUUGAUACGCGUGCUUCGUUCAUUUUCAUCGCCUUCGCUUCGACCCACCAUCCGACACAUCCACAUCAUCCUACGGAGUAUUCUUCGUCGCGAGAAAUCCAUGGUUCACGGAUGUGGAUGGGACGCGACCGCUGCCAAGUUCUCUAAGAAGCGAAAGCACAACCCCAAGUUCCCGGGGGGGCGUAUUCUGGACACCACUGAACACUGUCACCCCACAGCCGGUCUCAAACUUCCUCGUCGUUUGCGGUUGAACUCCUGGUUCAGACCGAUCCUGCAAUCUGUUUCCCGGCAGGCCAUUCAAAGCGAUCGUGCGGUCAUUGCACUACGGCUCAAGCAUGAAGCAGUCACUAGGUCUGACAUGGAGACUUCUCAGACUGUUUUCCGAAACAUGUUGGAUCGAGGGCUUCACCCAACCAUCCACCAUUACUCGACGCUUAUGGACGGUUACGCGAAGAUGGGCGAUAUUCGAGGCGCUAAACAAGUACUCCGAGAUGCACUUGAGGCUGGCAUCCAGCCAAAUGCGAUAAUGUACACCAUUCUCGUCAACGGCUUUGGUCGCCAAGGAAGGCCGGAGGAAGCUAUGCGGGCUUUCCGUGCAAUGAUUCGUGCUGGUAUUGUUCCUGAUGUGCCCUCCAUUGACGCAGUUGCCCACGCAUAUUUUGCUGUGGGGGCAUAUUCGGUGGCAAGACGAGUGCUGCGCGAACUCCGUCGCGUUUCGCUCCUAUAUCUCGAAUCCGGAGCUUGGGAGACGCAAGUUGUCCAAGCGUCAGCAGCGGCUGCUGCACUGGAAGAUGAGGGCAAUCAAAACGGAGUGGAUGCGAUUUGA